GGCAAAAUUGACACUCCGCAUGCGAAGCAUUCACGAAACCCUAGCUUUAGCUUUCCCUUUCCUACAACUAACUUACACAUUGGAUUAGGGUUUGCAUCAUAUUUUCCCCAAACACUCUGCAGCCGCGCCUCCGCCUCCAACCACCGUACCGUCAUGGCGUCCGAGAAGAAAUUGUCGAAUCCGAUGAGAGAGAUCAAGGUUCAGAAGCUGGUUCUCAAUAUCUCCGUCGGUGAAAGCGGUGAUCGCCUCACCAGAGCUGCUAAGGUGUUGGAGCAACUCAGUGGGCAGACUCCUGUAUUCUCCAAGGCGAGAUACACUGUGCGAUCCUUUGGGAUCAGGCGCAAUGAAAAGAUUGCCUGCUAUGUCACUGUCAGGGGUGAGAAGGCAAUGCAGCUUCUUGAGAGUGGCUUGAAGGUCAAGGAAUAUGAAUUGCUGAGACGAAACUUCAGUGAGACUGGCUGUUUUGGUUUCGGUAUUCAGGAGCAUAUUGAUCUGGGAAUAAAAUAUGAUCCUUCAACCGGUAUCUACGGUAUGGAUUUCUAUGUUGUAUUGGAGCGCCCUGGUUAUCGUGUGGGUCGUCGCCGAAGGUGCAAGUCCCGUGUUGGAAUUCAGCACAGAGUCACUAAGGAGGACUCCAUGAAGUGGUUCCAGGUGAAGUAUGAAGGUGUUAUUCUGAACAAGGCAUCCAACAUUGGAGCUUCUUAGGUUCCCUAUGCUCUGUGUCCUUUCAUCCGUCCGUCUAAAUUUUUGCUCAAAGUUUUGUAGAAUUAUUGGUUUGUCAGAAGCGACGAUUUUGUUUUCUUACAUCUUCAGCAGGAUGAAUGUUUUGUGGUUUUUAUUGGUUCAAAUAGCUAAUUUAUUAUAUGGUGUUGAUGAUGUCAAUGCUGUGAUCGCUGCUAAUGUCUUAAUGGAGCUUGACCUCUUUGGCAAGAACCGAGAUUGGAUAUGUUGUUUGAACGUUGCACCAGCUUCCUGUUUUUAAUACAGUUAUCAGUAUAUUUAUAUAUUUCAGAA